CAACGUGUUCGACUCGCGUUAUUUGGUUCCAGUGGCACUUCAACUUCCGACUCGAAUAUAAAGGCGGUCGUAUCCCGGCUCUUCUGCUUACUCUUAAUCAGCUCCGCCGCUCUUUUGCACCGCGCAGACUUUUGACUAUAGAGUCUUCGUUUUUUGCCUCUGUUACUUAGGCCCUCCCCUGUCACUCAAUUGCGCAUACAACUGAGCCAUGGCCACUUAUCCUAUGGAGUGCGACGAUAACACCACGUUGGUGAACCCGGAAAUCGAUCACCGCAGGGUCGUGGCAUCCCCAACCCAGUGGAGCGACGAGUCGGACUCGUGGUUCGAUGAUGAGCAAGGAUUCGAUGCAGAAGUCAAUACAUAAUACAGGAUUCCGACAACACGGACUACUGUCGCCUGUGGAGGCGCAUUAGCCCCACUCCGCCUGCCAACCUCGAACAACGGAUUUUGGACUGGAAGAGCCGGACUGAUGAGGAAGGGAAUUAUGUGAGCAGGUGCCUUGUGGUAAGUUUCUGUAGUGGGCACGCACUCUCAAUGAUUCUGAUGAUUCAUGUCCUGUUAGACGAGCUGUACAAGGGUCUUCAUGGACAGGUCCGGCAACCCCAUGAUGUACAUGGACGGUUCGCAUACUGUCCGGCUUAUGAUGCCCACGCCGAUCCCGCCGCCAGAGUCAUCCCAUGCCUUACGGAAGGGACUGUGGGACUGUCAUGUAGUGGAUGGCCA